CACCCUCUGCGGGGCGAAAGAUAACAGGGGCUGCUGUGUGCUGUGGACGGUGGUGUUCAGAGGGGAACAGCCGGGAGAGGAGCUGGAGGGUCAUUUGCACCCGGUGUCUGUGCUGUGAGGGUGGGAGGAUGCUGCAGCGUGCUGGGGGCUGACACGCAGUGCUGCCGGCUGUGGGGAGCGGGACCCCCGCUGCCCGCCCAUGCUCCCCGCUGGCUGCUGGGGCAGUGCCCCGUGACAAGCGGCGGCGGGCACCUGCCUUGCCGCGGCCGGGACCGCAGCCACCGUGCCCCCGUGCCAGCCGCCCCGCCAUGACGAGCCUCUUCCGUCGGAGCAGCAGCAACAGCAGCUCACGCGGCGGCUCCUCCGCCCAGGAGCUCAACAACAGCCGCCCCGCCAGGCAGGUCCGCCGGCUGGAGUUCAACCAGGCCAUGGAGGACUUCAAAACCAUGUUCCCCAACAUGGACUACGACAUCAUCGAGUGCGUCUUGAGGGCCAACAACGGUGCCGUGGAUGCCACCAUCGAUCAGCUCCUGCAGAUGAACCUGGACAGCAGCGGCUGCGAUGACAGCUCGGACUCAGAGGACAGCAUCCCCCCCGAGAUCUUGGAGCGGACCCUGGAGCCGGAUAGCUCGGACGAGGAGCCCCCUCCCGUGUACUCCCCUCCUGCCUACGAGAGCCAGGCCUUCAGCAGCCACUACCCCCGUGCGCCGCCCACCCCACCGCCCAGGACGGAUGUGCCAGGGCCCGGCAGCACCCCAGCACCUGGGCGCUACAGGAACUGGAACCCACCACUCCUGGGCAACCUCCCCGAGGACUUCCUCCGCAUCCUGCCCCAGCAGACCGCUGGCGCACAGGGCUCCCACGGCUGCCGGCAGCCCGUGCUGCGGGGGCUCGCCUCACAGGGCCAGGGCUCCCUGGAGCAGGAGCGGUGGUGGAAGCAGUACCUGGAGGACGAGCGGAUCGCGCUUUUCCUGCAGAACGAAGAGUUCAUGAAGGAGCUCCAGAGGAACCGGGAUUUCCUCCUUGCCCUGGAGAGAGAUCGAUUGAAAUAUGAGUCAAAAAAAUCCAAAUCGACCAGUGUCGCUGUCAGCAACGACUUUGGUUUCUCCUCUGUAAUAUCAGGUGACGUAGUCCCCUCUGUAACCAGCGAGGCCGGCAGUGCCGUGUCUGACGAUGCCUUAUUCAGAGACAAAUUGAAACACAUGGGAAAAUCCACGCGCAAGAAGCUGUUUGAACUUGCCAGAGCCUUCUCCAAAGCGAAGAUGAGGAAAUCAAAAAGAAAACACUUGCUAAAGCACCAGGUGCUGGGGACAGCAGCUUCCACAGCAAAUCUUCUCGACGAUGUCGAAGGACAUUCAUGCGAUGAAGAUUUCCAAGCACGGAGGCAGCAGCUCCGGGAGGAGGAGGAGAUGCCGAAAGAAGGGCAGUAAAUGGUGAGAGGCACCUGGAGAUGUACGCUUCCCAGUCCCAGCGUUGGGGUUUAUUGCUGGCACAGAACGUGCACAAAGCUUCAUAAGAAGAUGGCUGAAAAAGGAAAAAAAACCACCCAACAGAUAACCCAGUUUUUUGGCUGUUCCCCCUCUGCUGUUGUACUCCUCUGAAGUACAAGUAUUGAAGUGAGGUGCAAUGUUUUCUUACCAGCGGUUUGAAAACAACUCCUAUCUAGCAAUUCAGCCAAAAAGGAAAAAAAAAAAGGAAAAAAGUGCCAGCAGUUGAUGUGAGCUGCGGUGGAGGAGGCAGUGGAGCUCAGACUUGGGAGGAGCAGCGUCCCGCCUGCUCUCUCGGUCCGAGUGGCGUCGCAGGAGGAAUGAAAAUCAGUUGUACUAAUGAGGAUGCAUUCACAUGUGGGAUCUGCUUGGCCGGAGCACUCCUGAACAUAUCUCUGUAGCGAUCUGAUGUAACUUUACUCUGCGCACACAGGAAAAAAAAAAACACCAUGUGAGAAAGAGAACCUAACAGCUGUUGUCUACUAUUGCUAGGAGUAAUGAGCGGAGGUUCAGAUCAGGUAAUAGUCAAAUAAUAUAAAUCGUUUAUAAAAGGAAAGGCCUUCUUUUCCUAGGCAUUUCACUUUGAAUUACACCUUUGCCUUCGGCAUUGCUAAAACUGCCUUGAAGUCCGGACGCUUUGUGGGCCGUGGUACGGCUCACCUCCCGGCUGGCUGGUGCCGCCGUGGGGCAGGACAGCGGGGCAGCACCAAGGGCUGGAUAUCGCAUCAGUUUAAGCCUCGCUGCCGAAGCAGGACACAUUCCGCCGGUGUGCUGCUGGUGGUCCUGGCCGCCAGGCAGGGCGCUCAGUGGCUCCGGGGGUGCCCCUCGCCAUAGGUAAGAUGUAAAGCCUGAGCUCCCAGGGGGUUUGCAGCUGAGGCCGGCGGAGGCGUUUUUGGUACGGAGGGUUUGCACAAGGGCUUGCGAGCGCUGCCGGGUUUGGUGCAGGGUCGGGGCUGGCUGGGUGGCGGGAGCAGAGCACCCUUCUUCGUGCCCGCCCCGGGGGCUCGUUUCACCGGGGAGCAUGGUGGAGGGCUGGGACGGCUGGCAGGCAGCGCUUGAAUCAUUGCAGCUUUCCGAGAUGCUGUCAGGCUAAAAAUAAUUACGUAAACAAAUUCCUUCCCUGUGUAAGUAAUGAGUGAUGAGCGUAAAGUCAGAAAUCACUCCCGCCAGCAUAUUUUCUGCUUCUUUAUCGGCAUAAUCUGUUUACUGCUAAAUGCAGGAGGUGGCUAUAGACGUGCCUGUUUCACUUUCUGGCUCCUGCGAACCAGCACAAAUGUUGCAAGAUCGGAGCUGCGAAGGCGGCAGACGCAGAAACCCCAGCCAUCAAACACACACGCAACUGUUUUCCCUGCCUCUCCGCGGGGUUUGGUAACAAAAGCCCACAUUGCAGGCGCUGGCUCCCGACAGGCUCCUUUUCAAACCCACCCGGAGUCCGCAUGCCUUUGAAGUGGACGCCAAGAUUUCUUUCCCCGCGAGCAGCACAGCCGGUGCACCUGUUGAGUGCCGUCGCCCCCGCAGCCGCAGCGGGGAUCAGUGGGGACCCGUGUGCUUCAACCCCUCCCUGGUGUCUGGCCAGGACCAGGGCCGCUUCGAGGGGUCUGGGUACUGCCCUGUUAGCACAAGCCAAGCGCUCCCAGCAGCACCGGGGUUUAGCCAAACCCCGGGGUGGUGAGGGCAAGGGCAGGCUGUUUGUGCGGGGCUGGAAGCGCCUCGGGUUCCCAGCGAGCUUUGGGUUCCUAAAAUCAAAGCAGCAAAAGACCCACCCCACCGAGCCAAUCCCAGCUUUGGUGUCUGCUCGUUUCCUUUUGAAGGAAGCAGAGAGGAGCAUCCCUUGAGGCGUGGCAGCCCUGCUGACAGGUUAAGCCAUCCCAAGCCAUGCUGGCCUUGCCUCAAUGCAUGCAGGCUCCCCGCCUGCCCUGCUCCCUGCUGCAUGCUUGGCUGUCGGGUGGAGGGAGGUGCUGGAGAGACAGAGUGUGCCUUGCACCGGGCUGUUCUGGGCUGUGUGGGGUCAGGUGGGUGUCUGGAGGGGUGUGCGUCCCUGCCUGGCUCGGGGUGCGAGUGCAUGUGCAGGCACAAGGAGAAAAGUGUGAAGCUGGGGCUUUGCUGCUGGGAACAGAAGGCCCUUUAGUCCCUGGGUGGGACUUUUAUUCUCAGCCUGAGGCUGGUGGAGAGAGAGGAGGGGCUCCUUUCCUACCCUCCGCUGGCUCUGGGGUCUGUAGGAGGCUGCCGUUACUCCCUCCCAGUCCAAAGCAGCUCUCUGCAUAUUUGGAAGAAAAUCAAGCUUGGAACCAGAUCAGCUUGUCAAUGUUCCAGCGCCUCUUAGCUACCGAGGGCUUAACUUUCAGCAAAGUUUCCAUGAGUGCAGGAAGCACUGACAGGCAGUCGGGCAGGAGCUCAGGCUCUUGCAGGAAGGAAAUUCUGCUUCUCCCUGCCAAGGAGGUUGUUACUGGAGGGCUGGUCUGGCACGCAGGGAAGAGAGGCAGUGAGGUACUUGUGCCCGGGCGAUUGCAGCAUGUCUUCCCACUGCUGAGCCCUUGGAGGGUUUGCUGUGCUCCUUGUCCUUGCUGGAGGAUGGGCUGCGUUGUGCCGUGGCUGCGGGGGAUCGCGUUGAGCUCUCUUUGGCAGUCUAGCGCUGAGCAAGCCACGUUUCACAUCGCGUCACAGGUCAGUCCUGCUGGAACCACUGGCUUUUAACGGCGUCCAGUGGCGUAGCGGUAAAUGCUGCUGUUCCUCCUCUCCCCUGUCUGCUCAGCCUGCACAUUAGUUGACACGUUGCCUCCGAGUCACCUUUGUAACCCAGCGGUAGUUUGCUGGUGGAGAGGAGCCUGGAGGCAGCAGGCUGCCUCUGCUUUUGCUUCGGGCUGGGCUGGCUGAGCACAUCCCUGAGGUGUCCGGCAUCCUUUGCUCCCAGCAGUGCUACCCGGGACCCGACGGAGCCCGCGCCAGAGAGCAGGGCUGUCCUGUGAGGAAGCAGGGAGAGGAAGGGCAGCUUGGGAGCCAUGAAGUGGAGCAUGGGGGCCGUGGGGAGGGGACAGGUGUCACUGUGCAACCUGUGCUCGCUGCAUGCGGUGGGUGCGAACCCCCUGGCCUCGCUGGCUCUGCCUGCCCUGCCAGCAAAGGUUUUGUGUUGGGUGAGUCCGGCAACACGCACCAACCACAAAGGGUCCUGCGCCGAAAGUGGGCACAGCACCCGUGAGCACACAGGGUUGGUAGCGGGCUGGCAGCGUACGCUUCGUGGGGGCUUGGGGAUGUCUUUGCUAACACAGUCUAACGACUUGCCCUUAAAUAUCCUAGGCUAGGCAAAGCCUCUCUGAAUGAUGUCACUGUAGCCAUUUCAAAAUACCUUGGAGGCACAAAGCAUCAUUUUAAUGGAGGACGAAGAGUGAUUAUUUUUAUGUCCUUAAAAAAAAAAAUCAGGUCUAACAAGUAGAAAGGCCACUCAAACCGGCUUGGGAGCCAAAAUGCAUUUCUUACGUAAAAAUGUACAAUUCUCAGUGACGUUUGUAUCACUUCUAUACAAUGUUUAAAAAGAACAAAACAAAACGAAAAAAUCUGUGAUGUUUGUGAGUGUUGCUAUUUUAGAAUUUAUUUCCAUAAGUGAUUUUUUUCUUAAAGAUGUUUAAUAGUAAUUCAUAUAAUAAAGUCCUGUCCUGUUGUACUCUUAA